CCACUCCAGCCUCCUCCUCUGGUGCGGUCAACACAGACAUUCUACAGGAAGUGAUGUCAGAACUGGAGGGAAGAAGCUUCACCUGCCAGGACCCCGAUGAUGUUCUAUUCUUCUCCACCGCAAUGAGAAUAUGUGUGAACAAUAAGGAUCUGGAGCUGGGUUACAGGGUGUAUAACCUGUUGGAGCACGGGGAGAACUGGAGGCUGCUGGGACCUCUCUACCAGCAGAGUUCCUUCUACCGGCGUUUCCUCAACCUGCUGUGUAUGAUGGAGCACAUUGACGUGGUGCUGACGUGGUACAGAAAACUUGUUCCCUCG